UGUUUCAUAUCGUGUGGUGAUGAGGCCAUCAGAUGUAAAUUGUCGUGUGAACAUGCGAUUAUGAGGCUUUCAAAACCUCAUUGUCCCAUAUUAUGUGAUAAUGAGGCUUUCAAAACUUCAUUGUCCCUUAUGUGAUAAUGAGGUUUUCAAAACUCCAGUGUCCUAUAUUAUGUGAUGAUGAGGCUUUCAAAACAUCAUUGUCCCAUAUCACGUGGUAAUGAUGCUUUUAAAACAUCAUUGUCCCAUAUUAUGUGGUAAUGAGGCUUUCAAAACCUCAUUGUCCCCUAUCAUAUGAUAAUGAGGCUUUCAGAACUUCAUUGUCCCAUAUGUAUGUGAUAAUGAGGCUUUCAAAACCUCUUUGUCCCAUAUUAUGUGAUAAUGAGGCUUUCAAAACCUCUUUGUCCCAUAUUAUGUGAUAAUGAGGCUUUCAAAAUCUCAUUGUCCCAUGCGUAUGUGAUUUAUACUUUUGGAAGCUCAUUGUCACAUGCUUAUGUGACGAUUUUUUUGAAGGCUAGGAGCGAGCUCUUGUUGCAAAUAUAACGAGGAAUGUUUAGUUGUAUUUCCUAUGGAAUUUUAGGCGAGAACAGUUGCUAAAUUAGCAAUGACAAAGGUUUAAUUACUUUUGAGUUUUUUUUUCGUUUUCCACAUCAUCGUAAGGAUGGUUUGAGAUUUUUUUUUUUUUUUAAGAAAGUUUGUUUCGUUAUACUUUGAUAGAUAGCUAGGUAGAUAGGAUAAAUUGCAGGUAGAUAGAUACGGUAGGUGGUUAGGUAUGUGUAUAAAAAGAUUGCUAGGUUUAGUACUCAUUGGAUAUAUAAUUUUAAGCGAUUGGUGUCUGUAGACGUGCAUGAUUGAAAUUACUCAUUUUAUGGAACGGUCUGUGGGUUGACCUAGCUGUAUAAAAAUGACAUAAUUCUUUGGGUGAAGUCAUAGCCAUGUAUGAUAUUGUUGCCAUGGGUGUAAAAUAGUAUUAAGAUUAAGAUUAGAUUAGGGAAGAAGAAGUAGGAAGCAAGAAGUCAGAAGUAAGAAGUAAAGAAGAACAAAUAACGAAGAGAGAAGAAAACACAUAAGAAGACAGAAGACAUCGAAUCUUGAAAAGAGGACACCAAUCUCCACUUCGUUCUGAGAUGGCCAGAAUGGCGGACAGUCUUCUGAUCAAAGAAUGGGGUGCUUUGGGAGUAAAGAGAAGCUCUCAAAGGAGGACCUGGAGUUCCUCAAGACUCACACUCGUUAUGAUGAGACGAUGAUCAAGGAGUGGUACAAAGGAUUCAGGCAAGACUGUCCGAACGGCAGGUUGACUCCGGAUAAAUUCGUCGACAUGUACAAGAUGUUCUUCCCAUCCGGUAACGCUGAGGAAUUCUGUGACCAUGUCUUCAGGACUUUCGAUAUGGACAAGAAUGGUUACAUAGACUUCAAGGAAUUCCUUCUGGCCAUCGACGUCACGAGUGCGGGUACGCCGGAGGAGAAGCUCAAGUGGGCAUUCCGCAUGUACGACGUCGACGGUAACGGGGUCAUCGACGUCUCAGAGAUGACGAAGAUCGUCCAGGCUAUCUAUGACAUGCUUGGUACUAACUCCGCCAACCGCCCAGCAGAUAGUGCCGAAGAGAGAGCCAAAGCCAUCUUCUCCAAGAUGGACGAAAAUAAUGACGGCAAUUUAACUCAAGAGGAAUUCUUAAAGGGUUGCUUGCAAGAUGAAGAGUUGUCUAAGAUGCUCACACCUGGAGCCUAAUGUAUUUAAAAUUUCAAUUGCAAAUAUACAAUGUAUUAGCUCUCUUUUAAUGUAGAUCAUCUUUCUAGCUACUGUAACAGCAGCUAUCUAGGGAACACAGGAUUAAAACCUUCAUCACAAAACAAGAACCAUUACCUUAGUGACAUUAGGAAGCUUAGAAAUCUUUGAAACAUCAUGUGAGAAGUAUAUUAAGAGUGAUGGCAACUGGUUAAGUAUCUUGUGGUUUUGAGGGGGACAUUCCAUUGCUUACUUGUAAGGAUGAUAACAGGAAGAAAAUAAACUUUGUGAACUGUAUAGGGGUUAGGAGCUUCAGUAGAAAUAAUUUCUUGGAAGGUCAUGGUUGUUUACGCUCGGUGAGAAAUAAAUUUGAAGAGCCACAGUGAGUACAGCAUGGGUUGUCAUAAAUAUUGUAUGUACUGUACUUGAAUAUUUCCAUGCAUUUUGGUAUCAGGGCAACAUCAUUUGUAUGUUCUCUUAUCAUAAGGUCAUGUAGACAGUUUUCAUAGGUAGGUAAAGCUUGAUUUGAUUCUUUAUGAUUGUUAGAAGAAAAAAGUCCUGUUUUUCAUAUCCAUGUUCAAGUGGUUUCAUUGCAUAUAUAACAUUGCAGAUAAUAGUCUUUAUCAGAGAUGCAGUUUCGUUUCAAGUGGUUAAGAAAAUAAUAUUCUUAAUUGUGUACUUUUGUCAGUGAUUGUAGAUUAGAUAUUCUGUAAACUCCUUCCUUAAUGUUAGUUGUGAGGAUUCACUGACUGCACACAUAUGAGUUGUAUUUAACCCUUUUUGUCUGGUGUACAGGAAGAGUAAUGUUAUUCAUAGAGAAAAUAAUCAUAAGAUCAAUAGUUGUAACAAGCUUGGCAUAAAAGAUGUUAUAUUUACACCUCAGAAUCUGAUGUUUGUUGUAAAUUUACUCCCUCUGAAGAGAACUAAAAUAAUGCAAAAGAUUUUAUAUUAACGACUAUAUAUGGCUCUGUCACAGCUUUUGAUCAAGACACUAAACACCUUCAGUAUCGUACUAAGAAAUGAUCACACACCAUUUUAUAAACUUGUACAACGAUCCAACAUACUGAUUGUUAUUUGAUAUUAUUUAUGACAUUUUGUCUCAAAAUAUUUUUUAAGUCUUCUGUACAGUAUACUUUUGAAUGUUUAUCUUCUGUUGCUUUUACAUGUGAUGAGGUUAGCAACUAAAGACCACUCCUUUCCCCCUUGAAGAUUUCAGAAAGUGGCAAGGCUCGUUUUCCCCUUGUUUGCUGAUGGAAAAUAGGUCUUUCCUAGGAAUUGUCCACAUAAAAGGCAGGCACUUUGUUGUUGAUCUUGUCAUUCAUUAAUGUUAAAAGUCACAAGUAACUCUAGCACAAACUCAUCUUUUUCCUCCAGUUGCUAAUGAGAGCCAGCAAGAACUGACCUUGUAUAUAAUAUAUAAUGUAGCUAUAGCUAAUCAUCAUAGUUUUUCAAGUUCUACAUGUUAUACAUUAAUCAUUUUGGGUAGUGGUGAAAGAGAAGCCUUUCAUAAGAUUUUAUAGUAGUGUUGAGAUCUUUAGAUACAACCUUCAAGGGGUACCUCGCUUGUCAUAGAAGAUGCAGUAUGCAAGGCAGGCUAUGUUUGCAAUGCUCUGGUUAUAUUUCUUUCUUUUAUUUUGGAUUUGUGUAGAUGUAACCUUGAAGACAGUGUGCAUGUGCAGUAUAUUUACAUGCAUUCAUACUUACAAAUUUUAUUACAUAUAUAAAACAAUGUACUAUACAUAAAUAUACAUACACAUAUAACACAUAUUGGAUAGGUACAUAUAGUCUUGUUGACAAAAGGAUUGAUAAAUUUUAGUAUGUGUAAUCAUAAACACAGUAUGCAUACAUAUGUGAGUGUAUGUAUAUAGAUAUAUAUAUAUAUAAGUAGAUAGUUAAUAACAUUGAUAGCUGAGUAGAUAAAUAGAUAGAUAAGGAUACACUAAAAGAUCAGUUGGGUAAUCUCAGUAUGUAUAUACGUGUGUGUGUGUGUGUGUGUAUGUAUGUACUGUAUGCUUGUAUAUAUGUACAUGAUAUUCUGACAACCCUCUAUUCACAAGAACAUCUAAUUUUCUAUCUAUUAUUAUAUACAGAGUACUUUCACUGUGUAUAUAUCUAUAUAUAUAUA